AUGGCUGACGACUCAACACUUGCGGCUGCUGCUUCGAUUCUGCAAAAUUUAGGGACAUUGCGAAACCCACGAUUUCUGGAGGUUAAAAUUCCUGGCGCAAAUACACCGGCAAAACUUACUCUCGAAAAUGAAAUCACUGCUCUUAUCUUGCGGGUACAGGACCUCGAGUCUAAGGCGUAUGCUUUCAAAAAUAUACUCCCUGCGACGCCGAGCGAGAGCGCAACCCCAUCUGCUUUUGCCGAUGUUCUAACUGGUGGCUUCACUCGUUCUACCAAAGCGAUAGAUUCAAGGCAACACUAUAUUAACUCAAAAUUUGUCAAUGGAAGCUCAAGUAUUGAAGGACGAUCGCCCAAGCUUCUAAAGCUCGCAAAUGAUGAAUUGAUUGAAACACUGCAAAAAGAAAUCGCCGACCAAGCAGAGCAAAUUAAAGAAGGGAAAUCGAGACAGCAGGAAAUUGAAGCUCAAAUGAUUCAGCAGGCAGAACACCAGCAACAUUUGAUUAAUCAGUAUGAGGCAAAACGAGUGGCAUCCCUUGAGCGAGAGCUCAAAAAACAUCAGCAGGCAAAUGAAGCUUUUCAAAAAGCUUUACGGGAAAUAGGAGAGAUAAUAACAGCUGUCGCCAAAGGCGAUCUGAGCAAGAAAGUCCAAAUUCACUCGGUAGAAAUGGAUCCGGAGAUAACUACUUUCAAAAGAGUUAUCAAUACUAUGAUGGACCAGCUUCAAAUAUUUUCUAGUGAAGUCUCACGGGUUGCUAGAGAGGUUGGAACAGAAGGAAUACUCGGAGGUCAAGCUCAAAUAUCUGGAGUUGAUGGUACAUGGAAAGAGUUAACAGAUAAUGUCAACAUAAUGGCCCAAAACUUAACUGACCAGGUACGGGAAAUUGCCUCAGUCACUACAGCCGUUGCACAUGGAGAUUUGACUCAAAAAAUUGAGAGGCCUGCGCAAGGCGAGAUUCUACAACUUCAGCAGACCAUAAACACCAUGGUUGACCAGCUACGAACGUUUGCGGCCGAGGUAACCCGCGUGGCAAGAGACGUAGGUACAGAGGGAAUACUUGGAGGACAGGCUGAGAUUGAAGGUGUGAAAGGCAUGUGGAACACAUUAACAGUCAACGUUAAUGCUAUGGCCAACAAUUUGACAACACAGGUCCGAGAUAUUGCCAUGGUCACCACCGCUGUUGCAAAAGGAGACCUUACGCAGAAAGUUAAAGCUGAGUGCAAAGGCGAAAUAAUGCAGCUGAAAGAGACCAUCAACUCUAUGGUUGACCAACUUCAGCAAUUUGCCCGUGAAGUUACGAAAAUAGCCAGGGAGGUCGGAACUGAAGGUAAACUCGGUGGCCAAGCAACUGUGCACGAUGUUGAGGGUACGUGGAGAGAUCUGACGGAAAAUGUUAACGGAAUGGCCAUGAACCUUACUACCCAAGUACGAGAGAUUGCCAAGGUCACAACUGCGGUAGCCAAAGGUGACUUGACUAAAAAAAUUGGGGUCGAGGUACAAGGGGAGAUUGCUUCACUAAAGGAUACCAUUAACACAAUGGUUGAUAGACUCGGAACCUUUGCUUUUGAGGUCAGCAAGGUGGCCCGAGAAGUCGGCACAGAUGGCACAUUAGGUGGUCAGGCACAGGUUGAUAAUGUUGAAGGAAAGUGGAAAGAUUUAACUGAAAAUGUUAACACCAUGGCGAGUAAUUUAACCUCUCAGGUUAGAGGAAUUUCAACCGUCACGCAGGCUAUUGCAAAUGGUGUGAUGAGCCAAAAAAUCGAGGUUGAAGCGGCAGGAGAGAUUCUGGUCUUGAAAGAAACGAUCAACAACAUGGUUGAUAGGUUGAGUAUUUUUUCUAAUGAAGUUCAACGUGUGGCUAAAGAUGUCGGAGUUGAUGGUAAAAUGGGUGGUCAAGCAGAUGUUGCGGGGAUUGGCGGUCGUUGGAAAGAGAUUACAACUGACGUCAACACAAUGGCUCAGAACUUGACGGCCCAAGUCCGUGCAUUUGGAGAUAUAACUAAUGCAGCUACGGACGGAGACUUUACAAAACUAAUAACCGUCGAAGCUUCAGGAGAGAUGGAUGAACUGAAGCGAAAAAUUAACAAAAUGGUUUUUAAUUUGAGAGAUUCAAUACAGCGUAACACAGCUGCUAGGGAAGCCGCUGAAUUUGCCAAUAGAACUAAGUCGGAGUUUUUAGCAAAUAUGAGUCAUGAGAUCAGAACCCCAAUGAAUGGUAUAAUUGGUAUGACUCAGCUCACACUUGACACAGACCUUACGCAGUAUCAACGCGAGAUGCUUAAUAUCGUUCAUAACUUGGCCAACAGCCUUUUGACGAUCAUCGAUGAUAUACUCGACUUAUCAAAGAUCGAAGCCAAUAGAAUGGUAAUGGAGGAGAUUCCAUACACCCUUCGAGGAACUGUUUUUAAUGCACUGAAGACAAUGGCGGUGAAGGCUAACGAGAAAUUUCUCGAUCUGACUUAUCGAGUCGACAGUUCAGUUCCUGACCACGUUGUUGGCGAUUCUUUCCGUUUGCGGCAAGUAAUUCUUAAUUUGGUUGGCAAUGCUAUCAAAUUUACCGAACAUGGGGAAGUUUCUUUGACUAUUCGCAAAGCUAAGCAAGAUCAAUGCUCAUCAAAUGAGUAUGCCAUCGAAUUUUCAGUUUCUGACACUGGAAUUGGCAUCGAAGCAGACAAAUUAGGUCUGAUAUUUGAUACAUUUCAGCAAGCCGACGGUUCCAUGACACGGAAAUUUGGUGGAACGGGCCUUGGUCUCUCGAUAUCCAAAAGGCUUGUCAAUCUUAUGGGAGGAGAUGUCUGGGUAAUGAGUGAAUAUGGAAAGGGCAGCACGUUCUUUUUCACCUGCACUGUCCGCCUCGCUACUUCAGAUAUCAGCUUUAUUGAAAAACAACUUAAACCUUAUCAGUCACAUAACGUUCUUUUCAUUGAUAAGGGGCAAACAGGACAUGGUAAAGAAAUUGUCGGUAUGCUGAAGCAAAUUGGCCUCGUCCCAACAAUAGUCGAUUCAGAGAAUAAUCUCAACUUGUGUGAAGACAGCAUAAUGCUAGCGUCUAUGUAUGACGUCAUAAUUGUUGACUCAAUCGAAACAGCUCGAAAAUUACGUUCUAUCGACGAAUUUAAGUAUUAUCCAAUUGUUCUCUUGGCUCCAGUCGUUCAUGUCAGUCUAAAAUCAGCUCUAGACCUUGGUAUUACAUCAUACAUGACUACUCCAUGUCUUACAAUCGAUCUAGGAAACGGAAUGAUCCCAGCGUUGGAGAAUAGAGCUGCACCCUCAUUAACAGAUAACACAAAGUCUUUCGACAUAUUAUUAGCUGAAGAUAAUAUAGUGAACCAACGGUUAGCGGUAAAAAUCUUGGAAAAAUAUCAUCACAUCGUCACAGUUGUAGGGAAUGGACAGGAAGCAUUUGAUGCAAUCCGAGCCAAACGAUAUGAUGUAAUACUCAUGGACGUACAGAUGCCAGUUAUGGGUGGGUUCGAGGCCACAGGAAAGAUAAGAGAAUACGAACGCAAUCUAGGAACCCAAAGAACACCUAUCAUCGCCCUUACUGCCCAUGCUAUGUUGGGUGAUAGGGAAAAGUGUAUUCAGGCGCAGAUGGACGAAUACCUUUCGAAACCUUUGAAGCAAAACCAUUUGAUCCAGACAAUCUUAAAAUGUGCCACUCUAGGUGGAGCACUCUUAGAAAAGGAACGAGAAGUUCGGGUAAUUUCAAAAGAAGAGGCUUCUAAAAUUUCUAGUACCAAAAAUGUCAAAGACGUUCCCCCUGCCUCAGUAGGCAACGAAAAAAGUCAUCGCUCUCGCCCCAUAUCGAAGCCUCGCGAUUUGAAAGGUAUAGGGAACAGUUAG